UCUGUAUCGUCCUGCUGCACGCUGGCCUGCCGCCUGCUGCCAUCACUCAGCCAGUUCGUCGACGUUCGCGUCUCGAAUCGCAGGAAGCUCGACCAGCAGCUUCUUGCCGCGGAAGCGUGAUCUUUUUCGGCGCAGGAAUACCGGUAGCAUCCAUCGGCAGACAUUAAACGGUGUUGUUUUGUUCAGUACAAGAAGAUAGUGAUUUUAGCAGGAGCAGGAUCGUAGAAGUGUUGUUGAAUGUUGAAAGUAGACGGUUUUCUGUUCUAAAUUAACUCAAAAGUGUGCUUGUGUCGAACCAUGAACAUUGUUUACAACUAAAAUGAGCUGCUACGGUUUUGUAACUAAAUUAGUGCAUCGAUCAAAGAAAAUGUCACCCCGCGAAGUGGAAAUCAUCCAAAACUAUAAACUACUACUUGAAGAAAAGUGCAAAGAACUCUCUAAAAAAGAUAGUAUCAUCGAACAACUUGAAAGAAAACUCGAAGAUAAAGAACUUUUAAUUAAAUACCUUCAAAAUGAAAUAGAUAAAUUUAGGCAGGUCGUUAGACCAAUCACUCAGAAAAUCAUAACUAAGCAAUUAUCGCUGGGUGAUGAUAUUUGGCCUAACAAUAACAACAGUACCGGAAGUGAGAAGAAUGAACUUCACAUAGAAGUACCUCCAGUGCAAACUCAAGAAGCCAGAAUUAAGAGGGAAGGUAUCAGUGCUGAGCCAGUGAAUAUCAGCAAGAGUGAUCUGCAAAUAAAGAAAAUACCCAAAACAAUACGUUCUCGAGAUCUUAUCAAGGCAGCAAUUUUGGACAACGAUUUUAUGAAAAACUUGGAACUCACCCAAAUACGAGAAAUUGUGGACUGCAUGUACCCAGAAGAGUACAAGCAAGGCAGUCUUAUCAUUAGAGAGGGCGAUGUUGGUAGUACCGUUUACGUCUUGGAAGGUAGGUGA